AUGAACACGAAAAGCUUUUUCCUUGCCACAUUGACAAUCUGCAAUGGCCUUGCUUGGGUGAAGGCGCAAUCGAAGCUCUAUUUACAAGAAAAUCAGGCCCCGCAAACCAAUGUCUUCAAUUAUUCCGGAAUCGCCACAUCAUCUCAAUUGAGAAAUGAUGCCUCUCGGGUUGUCGAACAGUUCGCAAGCGCCCUUGGCAAUUAUUCAACUUCUCCUUCACUUAAUGAUAAUUCCAAGACAGUUACCCUAUUCAAGAGUGUGAUGCAUGGAGCCAUGUCAUAUCAGCUAUACCAAAAUUUUGGAAACUCGACUCAAUUGACCCAGAGUAAACUGCAAUCAAUGUCGACAGCCAUUAAUGAUACUUUGAAUAGUAUCAAUGACGUUACAGAUCAACUGCUAUCCUCUUCAAACGGGGCUUUAAAGUUCAUUGACCUAAGAAACUGCCUAUCAAACCUGGUUGAACAAGGCGGUUUAAAAGACGGUGAAAGUUGCGUCAUUGCAGGUCUUUCUAUCACAGGUGUUUCGGAGAUCUUGACAAGUGUCUUACAAAACUUUGGCGAUGGGAUUCUACCACCGAACAUAUUAGAAUUGACCACCGAAGCACUAGAUCCCGUAUUCACAUCAUUAAUCCCAGGCGAGAAAGUUUUUUUCUCCGCGAUUGAAAAUGCGAUCGCGAGUGUCCAACGUGCAAUUGCCGGCGCAUUAGUCCAGGCUCUUGAUGAUGCCUUCAGAUGUUUCAAAUCGACUUUGUUUUCCCCUAUAUCGUACGAGGAAAGACUGCGCAAAACCCGGGAGUGCAACCGAGAUAGUGCCGCCAAUCACUCUUCUGUUUUCCGCGAUCUGAAGACUCUUUAUCUAACCAUUACCAACCAGUUUGUUGGCUACGUGACACCAAACGUCUUAGAAAGUAUUCACAGUAUCUCCGAUGCAUACCUAGAGAAGGGAGUUCAUGCAAAACCAGAAGAGACAUUUUUCAGAAACGCCAUCUCAAAUACAGUUCAGUCCAUCGUUGCUUCAAAUUCGGGAAAUGAGGUAGUCUACGCUUAUAAAAUCGCAGAUUGCUUGGAUACCGUUGUUGGAGUCACUGAUCCAGACACUGCAGCAAAUAAAGCAGCCACUGCUCGUUGCUUGGAAAAGCCUGACGGUCCUCCAGCGGCACUUCGACAGAUCAUAUAUGGUUACAUUCAACAGAUAUAUGGGGUCUUACCGGUAGAAAUUGCUGAAGAACUGGAGCAGAUCGGGAUCAUGAAUCUCGAUCGGUCUUCCCCCGAUUUUAAGAAGCAAGUGAACGAACUUCACAAACGAUUCUUGAAGACAAACCCCGGACCGGAAUAUGUAUCAUGCUAUGAGCGAUUGACAGAUUGUUUGUUUAAUCCUCAAGCCGGUGGGAUCUUGGCACCAUCUUCAAACAAAACUCAACUUAGAGAAAUACGCCCGGUGUCAUGCAAUCCCCGUAACAUCCCGAAUGAUCAUCAACUGCUUCCAACGGUCCGAUCACCAUUGCCGCCAUCACCACAUUCGGGAAUCGGGACCCCCCAGUUGAAGAGGAGGAAGAAACGGGGUGUGCUUUCGUCAACGAAAGAUUACCCAGAGCUGCGUGGAAGGAUAAUACUUGACCCACUGCCGGCAUCGACUCGGCAAGAAUAUCCAGACAAGGAUUAUCACUCUCGCACUGAAACGAUUACCCCACACGUGUACCAUUGGGACGCGUCAUUUUCCUCGAUUCUUGGCACUGCCUACAUACUUUUGAGUCCUGGAAGCGGGAGCUUUGAAUUCUACAACCCUCGACUAUUGCGGUCAUUGCAAGAACGAGAAAUGCGAGAACAGGCGCAAGUUCUUCAGCAUACCCCAGGGUUCACCCGAGAUCAAGACUUGAUCGCACAAGCGUUUGAAAGAUCGCUACGGAAGAUUCAUGGAAAUGUCGCUCAGUUUGUCUACAUUCGGCACUUCGGGUCACAAGCAGUCUCGCCGGAGUUCGAAAGCCAUAUCCAUGAAAUUAAAACGCUGCUUCUGCCAUCCUUAAAAGGGGGACUUGACCGGAUGCGUAAACUAUUACCAAGCCCUAUAAUCUACCCUCAAAAACCCGAAGCUCUAAAUGAUCAAUCCGCCGCAGCAAUUCUAGCAGAAGUUGACGACACUGUAGACCGAAUAACUUAUUUAACGAACUCGCUUUCGCUUGAGGCUGCAGGAGGAUAUUUCAAGGAUUGGGAUCUGAAUAGCUACCGAUGUGAAAUGUUGCAAUACAAAAUCGUCGAGAUCCUCAAGCAAAUCGAAGGGCUACUCUCCCUUUAUGAUGAUCAAUUUCAGUUAUUUGCGAUCACCACUAUCUUCAAAUGCGACUGGAAGAAUGUAAUUGAGGACACUUCUCUCGCAAAGCACGCGAUCGAUAAUGUCAUCAAAUCAUUUGAACUGUCGGAUCUCGGGUUACUUCGAGCUCGAUGGCAACGCAUGGCCCAAGGCGUUGAAGAUCUGCUGCAGGAUGCGAUCGGGAGCGGGACCGAACUACAUUUUCAACCCCUCCUGGACUCCAUCCCAGUUAUCAAGCUAACGAGACUCUUUUUCAACAAACUGUCUAAACCGACCAAUGGCGAACCUCAUCCAUUGUCACAAAUGAGUUCAGAUCAGCUGCUAGCCCUCAUCAAAACUACAGAAUAUCUUCCUUUAGAGCUCGACACCUAUAUCACUGGCAUGAAAUAUGACGAGGCUAAAAACGGUGGCAUUCAUGCAACGAAGAUCUUUGAUCUUGUGGAGAAGUUCCAACCUUCAGUCAAAAAUUUGAUCGAUCAUCUCUCUCACAAAGGUCCAAAUGCCGAGUCAUCUCAAGAUUCACCUGAAAAAUAUCGCGAAUGGUAUCGACUUUGGAGCUGUCAACUCUCUCUAUUCGCUGGUCGUUUCUGCACUAAGUACCCCCUGAAUAUGCGAAACCGACGUAGAAGCGGGCUGGUAUUUACAUAUUUAUCUAGAACCUUAGAUAGUAUACGUGCACCGGUGUCAACUUGGGUUAAUCGGGGAAGUGCUGAAAGCCUUGAGUCAGGAGCGUCUUUCUUCCUCAACGCCCACCUCUAUCAAAAUCUUCCCAGUUUUUUUUUCCUUUGCAUUUUUCAUUCAGAGAGAAAAAAAGUCAAUAAACCUAUCAACAGAAGAUAUUAUCAUGAUACUUGA